AUGUUAAGACAUUCACGGUUUGGAUAUGAUUUCGAUCCUUGGCUGACCCUUUCAGAACGUCCUCGGAUUCGCAUCCAGCAUCCUUCCCUCCUUUUCAUUGCCUCCGCUACCCUCAACCCAUCUGAAAGCCGACAGCACGAGACCCGCGAUGAUGACUAUCUUCCACCGUUAAUCCCGGCAUCUACAAACGUUCUACAACCUCUGUCGUCGGACAAGAACUUCCCCCAGAAGGACCCGUUUCUCCCAGCGUCCCGCCUUCUGCGAGUUGUGCCCGCGAAGUACAGUGAGGAUCCCAUUUAUAGCGUUCAGCAGCCAUCUGGACAUCCGGUCCGUGUAGUUCCGGCGGCAAGUGCUAGGAUACGCUACUCUCGCCUGAACUCUUACUCUGGACGACCAACGACUGUCGCAAGCCUUGAUUUCGAAGUGACACCGUUUCUAAAUUGCGAUGUAGUAUUCGACAAGGCUGAACUUGCUAUGACAGAUGGGACAAUCGAACCAUUGACAGAUAACUCUGGGCUUGAGUUGCCCAUCAGAUGUCGCCCACGGGAUGAUGUUACAUUAAUCUACAAGUUGACACCGGAAUAUGGACCGGACCCUAAUCCCUCGACGACCGUGAUGGUGAGCACGUUGGACAUUCUGCUGGAAGCUACGAUUCAAUUGUCGGAUAACUGCCACCCGCGCGUUCGGAUGCAAUGGCGGACCAAUGUGGAUUUCUCCAUGGCCCUCAACCCAACAUUUGGUGGGCCGAGCCAGGCUCUGCAACGGAGCAAUCGCCCCUCGAGCCUCCCUAUGGCGGGGAAUCAGACGAACAGCACAGCCGGAGGCCCUCCUCCUAGCAGAGGGUCCCUCCGUGAGAGGGCCUAUUCGGUCACAGACAUGGGGGUGACGAUCUCCUUUUCAGGCCCGCCCAGUGUGGAGGUAGGCAAACCAUUCUCCUGGGACGUCUUUAUUGUCAAUCGCUCCACAACUCCGCGCAAAUUUGCCAUGAUUGGCAUUCCACGCAGGAAGCGGCCCGAUCCUCGGGGGCAUAUGGUACGGCCGUCUUCCUCAUCAAUGUCUGGCCGGAAAGUCAGAGUCGACCAGGUUGCCGAGGCUGUGACGGAUGAUAACAUCGUCCAUGCCAUGCAGAAAAAUGUCAGCGGACAAGAAGCUGAACUGGUGUGUUUGACACCGGAUGUGCGCGUUGGCCCUCUCCUACCGGGGACGUGUUUUGCGACUGAGUUGAAGCUGCUGUCGCUGUCGGUGGGGUGUCUCCACCUGGAGGCAGUGCGUCUUGUCGAUGUCAAUACGAACGAGACUACGGAUAUCAGAGACCUUCCGGAUAUUCUUGUGUAUGAUCGGAACGGGAUCCCGCCCGAGACGGCAGAUUGA